AUGUCAACCUACUCAACAGCCGCUAACGCUUUCGCCGUUGUUGGUCUCGCAGACGUCGUUUUCCGCUUAGGUAUAGCAUCGUCAGAUCUAUACUUGCGGUGCCGUAACGCGUCCAAGGACGUCCCUCGCCUACUGAGCGACCUUAAAACACUCUCAGAGAUUGUUGCACAAGUCCGAGCCUUUGCCAGCGAAUACAGUCGGUCGCCGUAUGCGCUGGAGGAUUCGCAGGUCCUUCUGCCUCAGCUUGAGACUACGCUGCGGUGUUGUAAGCGAGAGCUUGAGGAGCUCGAGCGGAUUGCGAAAAACGAUAAGAGCAACGCAAACGAUGCAUGGUUUAGACAAUGGGGAAAGGGCUUGGGCUGGGCGCUAGACGAUCAAAAGGUCCUGAAGUCUUGUCAGCAAAUUGAAAGAUACAUGGUCACUCUAAACACGGCCCUAUCGCUGACCGGAAGGCAAAAUGACAUCGUCCUUCGUCGAGAACUCAAAGCUAUUAGGGAAGAUAUUGCAGAUGCUCACGCCUCAACAAAAGCAAACUAUUCAGACCUACGGCAAAACGUCACAGUAUCUUCGCAUACCAUAGAACAAGGUGUCCAGCAAGUUUCUGCCGCUAUCCAGUCAUCUAAGCAGGCCAAUUCCGCUUCGUUCCUUACAGUGGAGAAGUCUCUCGCUUCUGGCCAUGCGGAGCUCAGUGGCAUAAAUGUUGCCAUUGAUGACCGUGCAAAGAUUAUCAAUCAAAGCCUGAGCUCUGUCAAAAAGAGCUUGACCCACGGCCGGAGGGAGCAAGGUGCACUCGUUCGGCAGCAUAAAAUCUCGACCUCCAAACUCAUGACUCGACUUGAUGAUGUCUGUUCAUCCCUUACACAACAAAUUACCACCAUUAGUCUUACGGAGACUGAAGACAACGAGAUCUUCUUCGAGGGCGAAAACCUCGGCGCAAUUGUGUUACCGCUCCUGCUAAUGCAGACGGACCUAUCCAAGGCCAUCCGAAAUUUAAUGACGGAAGGUUCUAUCAAGAUUUCUCGUGCUGAAGCACGCUGGGUUGAGGAAGAGUUUGAAAAAUUACUGGUCUAUGGUCAUGAGGCCGCUGCUCUGGCGGCGCGAAGCAGACGCUGCAAAGUUUGUAAAAGGGCCGCUCACCACCUCGGGUCGGCACCAGCCACUCGGACCACCUCUUCCAAGGCAUCUUCGUCAAGAAGCAAGAGCCGAAACCAAAAUCAGCAUCAUAUAUUAUCGUCUAAGCUUCAAAGAGCGCAUCGUUUCCAGCGAAGGCACCAAAUCCAUACCGCUGCCGGAAUCCUUGUCUUAGAAACUAGUGUGCAUGAUGAAGGAGCCCGUAGGGUUGGCCAAUCUUCGUCAUCAUUACUAGCAUUACGGCUAUCCUUCUUUCCCAAACUGAAUCUCUCCUCAGUGGGAGUUACAGCAGCAUUUUUCAAGCAGUUCGGGACAGGCAUGGAGCCAAAGAUUAUGAGACUCGUCCAAACUUACAACACGGUGCCCACCACGUCGGAGGCUUUCAUUUGCGCAAAAGAGAAUGAUGUCAUGGGUUUGCAGAAGCUUUUCGCAGCUGGCGAAGCCUCACCUUAUGACUGCGAUGAGUACGGUUGGUCCCUUCUAUCGGAGGCAGCUUAUUUCGGUUCGCUUGAAGCGUAUAUGUUCCUCCUACGCGAAGGCACGAAUGCUCUGAUGGUCCCUGUUGGUGACUCGUAUGGUGGAGGGCUCCUGUAUACCAUUUGGAUGAACCUUCGGCACAAAUUAGAAGCCUCUACCAGUACAUACAACGAGCGGACAUACUCCCCUUGUAGGCUGAAAAUGAUCAUUGAAAAUGCUCGACGUAUGACUGCUGCUGCUGUUGAACGAAACUGCGAUCCUAAUAUGCCCACAAUGCACGAACCCGAAAAUAUCAUGCAUUGUGCCAUUAGAGAGUUAUGGCGGUGGGUCUCAAAUGCCGGUAAAAAUGCUGGUAAUCUAGUCUGCCAUGUACAACUUUCCGGGCUGUUUAGUGAUUUGAUAGCAAUGGGCUGUGAGCUGGAAGGCCGUGAUCCUUACGGUAGAACUCCUCUGCUUUUAGCUUGCUUUAAAAAGCAGUACGGAGUUCUCAAGAUCCUUGAUAGCAAAGGCGCUGACGUGACCGCUCUUGAUAAUCAUGGUGCGGGUGCUCUUCAUCUGUUGCUGGCCUAUACGAAAAAUCACGAAGACUAUGAAGAGGAACAACUUCGUGAUGCACUAAUCACUGCGCUCGUUAAUGGAUGCGAUCCAAACAAGCUUUCCACCGAUAUAGCGCUCUCUCCGACAGACUUCUGCAGCGCGACUCGUGUUAGAUGGGAUGCAUGGACCAAAGCACUCAGUUAUGUCGGAUAUACGCUGCUGGAGACGGCGGAAGUUGAGCCGGCCACAUCCGGCUUUACAUGGGUGGUAGUCUCUACUGACUACCAUGAUGGCCUGAAGCUUCCAGUGUCAAACUCGACUUUGGAUGAUUGGAAAGCAGAGCGUAGUAGAAUCCGAUGGGGGUAUUUCUCUCGCAUUUACGAGGCCUCUGACGUGGACGACAGCGUGUCCGCUGCGAGCGAAGCUCAUGAGGAUAUCACAGAAUGGGAAGAUGAUAGCGGUGGCAGCGCUGGCAGCAUGUCCGCUGCGAGCGACGCUCAUGAGAAUAUCACAGAAUGGGAAGAUAACAGCAAUGACGGCGACAUCGCCCCUCGGCCGGAUGAAACUCCUGAACAUGGAGAACUCAAUCGCGUCAUCGGAGCUGAGAAUGAGGAGGCUAUGUAUUAA